UUUUGUCAAAAGUUUCGUUUCAGUGAUGUGUUUCCUAUACUAUCUGAAUUCUGAUUAUUUGAUACAUAGUUGGAACGCAUAUUGUUUGCUUGUGCAUAAUAAUACACUGUAAAAGAUUAAUUUCUCAUGUCUGGAAUAAUAACUCGAGCACAAGUACGAGCUUUCUCAUCGGAAGCUCUGAAAGUUGUCCACAAUGUUGCUAAGCAACAGUUUUUGAUUUCUAUGCGGGGUGAGAUUGCAGCUAUAGACUAUGAACAACAAGGGAAGAAAAUAACUUUACUGUACACUAAAGUCCCAGAGGUAUUCCAAGGAAAGGGAGUUGGAAAAAUUCUUGCAAAGCAUGCGUUUGAUCACGCUGCUAAAAAUAAACUAGAUGUGACCUGUAAAUGUCACUUUCUAGCUAACUACUACAAGAAAAAUAUUGAUAAAUAUAAAGAUACCAAAGUUGUUUUUGAACUAGAAGACGAAUAAUUUGACAAUGGAUAUAGCUUGGCAUAGAUGUAAUGUACAUUAUUAUUUAAGAGAAAAAUAUUAUGGGAAAGCUAAAGAGAUUUCCAAGCAUGUGUCAACUUUAUAUUCAGAGACAGUAGAAUUUCUAUUUUAUCAUGGGUUAGCAAGUAUUUUUGAAGGUCAAGUACAGAAGGGUAUAGCUCAGUUGACUCCUUUGCAGUCUGAUAGAGAAAUACAGUUAGCAGCUGUUAUUGCUCUGAUUUAUGGUCACAAACUCGCAAACACGUCAGACAGAGAGAUUUUAUACAACUUAGAAGCAAAAUUAAAAGAAGAAAAGAAACAAGCAAGUGCUGCCUCAUUCUACUAUGCUGGGUUGUUUCUUUCUCUUGCAGAGAAGUAUGAAAAGGCUUCUGAUUAUAUAAAUAAAUCACUGAGGAAAGAUGCAAACAACUUAGAUGCAAUUAUUUUAAAGGGUUGGAAUGACAUGUACAUGAAUAUGGGAGAAAUGCAGAUGUCUAUAUUGGACUGUUUAGAGCUGGCUUUAAGUAAGAGUGAAAGAAAUGCAGAAGCAAUGUUGGGGCUAGCAAAAUUUAAAUUUUUUGCUAAGGAUUAUGAAGCUUCCAAUUUGACAUUGGAUAGAUUGAUAGUAAGCAGCCCAGGACAAAUAAUACCUCUCAUAGAAAAGUUGAAAAAUGAAUUUGCAAUGCAAAAAUGGGAUGCAGUUCUUGACACAAUUGAGAGGAUAUUUUCCUUAGAACCUGAUAACAUGGAAGCCCUCAAAGUCAGAAUAUUUAUUGCAUUGUGUAAAAAUUCAGAUUAUAUAGAAGCUGCUGACCAAUUAAACCAGUUCUUUACUGUGUUGGAAAAUGAUGAAACCCACAAUGGACACCAGUUUUACAAUACAACACAAAUCUUCUCUAAAAUCUGUGGCAGAGACAGUGCAGUUCUGUCGCAAGUUUACAGGUUUGUCCAACAUGCCUCAGAAAUAUAUCCCAAUAAUGUAGACUACUUAAGUGAGGUUGGAUACCAGUGCAUUCUACAGGGAAAAUAUAAAGAUGCCUUAAAUUUCUUCAAAGCUGCCAGCAAAAUAGACAGUAACUCUAUAGCAGCACUUUGUGGCCUCACAAUAUGUCAAAUGUCUGAGAAUGGUCCCACAGAGCAAGUAGCCCAGCAAGUUGAGUUGUUGUUUGAAAUGCAAGGGGCAAAUAAAACUCCUAUUUUAUACCUUCUAUCUGCACAGCUUAAUGUUAAGAAUCCUAGUAAUGCCAUAACAUACCUUAAUAAUGCUUUUGAGACAAAGUUGUCCUUAGCUGACCGUUAUCCAUUCAGUUUGACACAUAUAAAAGACUUAGACCCAGAUUUCCUGUUGGAAGUGUACAAGGAGUACAAGAAACAUUUACCUAAGAAACCCUUUGUUAUUGUUGGAUAUCUGCUAUACUCUCAGGAUGGAAAAACAUCAUCAGUCAAGAAUUGCUUUAACAUUCUUGACACAGUAUGCAAAGCUUGUCCAGGGUUGAUAAUGGGAUUGUACGAAUUAGCGAAGCUGAAAUUUUUAUUUGGUUAUGCAAGUGACGCCCAAAGAUUGACCCAACAAAUCGGCGAACUGGAUAACACUCACGCCGGUAGCCAAAUUUUGUUAGCCCAAAUCUACAUUCAACAGCAGGCAUUCACAAAAGCAGCACAAUGUCUAGAAAUGUGUCUAAGCUACAAUUUUAAGGUCAGAGAUAGUGCGAUGUACCACUUCCUGAAUGGAGUCAUUUUGAAAAGUGUAAGCCAGCUGCAAGAUGCAUUGUCUAGUUUCACAACUAGUCUUCAAAUCGCUACGAGUAAGACUAUCUCUAGUCACAUGAACAGAUUGUAUGAAUCUGACUUGAAUAUCAUUGACAAAGCCACCUUGUAUUUGGAAAUUAUUGAGAUACAAAGUUCUCUGGGACAGUUUGCUGAAGCUGGGAAAACUAUGCAGGAGGCUAUUCAAGAGUUUUCUUAUACAUCAGAAGAAAGUCGUUUGGCCAUCGCUCGAGCAGACCUUGCUCUAAAGAAAGAUGAUAUAGACAAAGCAAUUGAUAUCUUAAACGAGAUCAAACCUGGGCAGCCAUACUAUUUCCAGGCUCACAGCAAGAUGGCACAUAUAUAUCUAAAGGAGAAAAAGGACAGGACGAUGUUCACCACUUGUUUUAAGGAGAUUGUAGGCAAUCAUCCUAUGGCUGAUGCCCAUCUUAUGAUGGGUGAUGCGUAUAUGUCUAUUCAUGAACCUAUACAAGCAGCCGAAUCGUACGAAGCAGCAUUAAAAGGAAAUCCAAAAGACAUCCACCUUGUAAAGAAACUUGGAGCAGCUUUAGUGAAAAUGCAUGAAUAUGAUAAAGCUUGCCAACAUUACGAAAAUGCCAUCAAACUACUGGAUGAUAAUGAGCUCAAGUUUGAAUAUCUUGAACUACUUGUCAAGUUAAAACAAUACGAUAAAGUGGACUCGACAAUAUCAUCCGAACUAAACCAGUUAUACAAUAAAGAAAAGGAUAUCAACACUUUUAAGCGUCGUGUAAAGUUGCUACUCUUACAAGCAAGGAGUAGGGAACUAAAGAACCCUACUGCAGGCAACACGCAUCUGAUCCUGACUGAAGCUAAAGAUACCCAAACAGCUAUAGUGAAACGGAUAGAAAUAGAUUCUAGAGGUGACCUGCAAGAAGAGAAACAUCAGUUGUCUGUGAUAUUGUGUGCGUUGGCUAAGGUGAAGAGUAACAAGGAACCGGCAGUCGCUGCUAAUUUGUAUUCAGAAGCGUUGAUACAUUCGCCUAGAGAUCCCGAUACUCUAUUAGCUUUGGCUAAACUUUAUGCCCAGAUUAACAACGCCGAGAAGUGUGAACAAACGUGCGCUAUUCUGUUAAACACAGACCCCAACAACGAAUCUGCUGCUGUUAUGAUGGCUGAUUUGGCAUUCCGCAAAGUGGAUUUGGAAACCGCUCAGCGCCACUUAGCACAAAUUCUAUCAGUGAAGCCUACGAGUUGGGAGGCACUAGCACAGCUUAUAGAGGUACAGUGGCGACGAGGGAAGCUCAGUGAAGCAGAACAGGCUCUAGAGGCCGCUAAAGUAGCCUUAGGGGAACAAGAAGACCCAGGUUACCUAUACUGCGCAGGAUUAUGCUCAAUGUAUAGUUGUAAGAACAACGCGGCUCUCCGACAGUUGAACCACGCUAGAAGGUCGCCGCGUUGGGGGCAGAGCGCCGCGAGACGAAUGGUGCUCCUGUGCCUGUCUCAACAUGCGCCGAAUAACCCCGGUGAUGCUAUAGCGGAUGAGUCGGACACGCAAAUGCUAGCUCUACGCACAGCAGAGAAGCUGCUAGCAGAAGUGGCCCCAGCUGAACGCAAGCCGUUGCAAGCUAUCCUGCAACUCGCAACGAGGCAAAAAUCUCAAGCGGAACGUGUGCUGCAGGAUCUGUUGCCCCUAGCAACGGAAGACACUUACCAGGAUGAUCCGUAUCUGAUCCUGGCUAUUGCUACCGCAUACAACAUUAUUAAACAGCCGACAAGAGCGAAGAACAUUUUGAAGAGGACCAUUUCUUCGAUACAAUGGACACCAGAAAAAGCAGACGGUUUGGAGAGAUGCUGGCUGGAAAUAGCCGAUAAUCAAGUGAAUUCCGGGCGAGUGGACGUCGCGAGGGAAAUUCUGACCAAAAUAUUGAAUCAUAACAACUCCUGCGCCACGGCUUAUCAGUACUUAGGGUAUUUGGCUGAGAAAGAACAGAACUACAAAGGUGCAGCGCACAACUUCGACAACGCUUGGAACCAUUCCGGCAAGAGCGAUCUAGCUGUCGGCUACAAAUUGGCACACUCCUAUCUCAAGCUGAAGAAGUACCCAGAGUGUAUCGUUGUAUGCAGACAUAUUCUGAAAUCUCAUCCUGACUAUCCGAAAAUCAGAAAGGAGAUCAUGGAAAAGGCUAAAACUAACUUGAGGACAUAAAAAGCACUUAAGUAACUACAGAAAAUAAAGAAGGAAAAGAGAAGGGAUUGGCUGAAGCCGGAGCAGAGAUGUCUCAAAAAUGAUGGACAUAGUACAAACUUCGUCUUUGCGCCAAGUUUUUAACUUUGCAUAAUAUGUUAAGAAUUUCAGUUAUACAUAGGUAUGUAGAUAAACGCACAAUAAAACGAUCAAAUGAAACAUGCAUAAA